AUGACAGAGGCAUCACGGGAUCCUGAGGUGGCUGAUUCAGAAAGUCCUGCCGACAAUGGUAGGACAACAUUAAAUCUGACUUGUUCGACAACCAAUAAGAAACCUCUUCCGGAUCGUGGAACAUGGAGCACCAAGCUGGAUUUUAUUCUCAGUGUGGUCGGUUUGGCAAUCGGUCUCGGCAACGUUUGGCGAUUUCCGUACCUCUGCUAUAAAAAUGGCGGCGGUGCUUUCCUAAUUCCCUAUUUCUUGACGCUGUUUCUGGCUGGUAUACCCAUGUUCUUCAUGGAGCUGGCUCUCGGACAGAUGUUGACGGUGGGCGGCCUUGGAGUCUUCAAGAUUGCGCCGCUCUUCAAGGGUAUCGGUUAUGCCGCUGCAGUCAUGUCCUGCUGGAUGAACGUCUAUUACAUCGUUAUCUUGGCCUGGGCGAUUUUCUAUUUCUUCAUGUCAAUGCGAAGCGAAUUGCCUUGGGGUAGCUGCAACAAUUACUGGAACACCAAGAACUGCGUGAAUCCUUAUGACAGAAGCUCAUUGCUCUGCUGGAGUGAGAUCUCGGCGAGGAAUGGUAGCGUUGUCAAGAUGUGCACGGUCAAUCACAUUAACAUGACAGUGGCGGAGCUCACGGAUCCUGUGAAGGAGUUCUGGGAGCGUCGAGCGUUGCAGAUCAGCGACGGCAUCGAAUCUAUAGGCAAUAUUCGAUGGGAAUUGGCAGGUACGUUAUUACUAGUGUGGAUAAUCUGUUACUUUUGCAUCUGGAAAGGUGUUAAGUGGACCGGCAAAGUCGUCUAUUUUACAUCCCUCUUCCCAUACGUGUUGCUCACUGUUCUUCUGAUCCGUGGUAUCACCUUGCCCGGCGCCAUGGAAGGCAUUCGAUUUUAUAUCAGUCCAAAUUUGUCCAAGCUCCAAGAAUCCGAGGUAUGGAUCGAUGCAGUGACACAGAUCUUCUUCUCGUAUGGUCUCGGACUUGGCACUUUGGUGGCCCUCGGCAGUUACAAUAAAUUCACCAACAAUGUCUACAAGGAUGCUCUAAUAGUUUGCUCAGUCAACUCGUCCACCAGUAUGUUCGCGGGUUUUGUGAUAUUCUCGGUGGUUGGUUUCAUGGCACAUGAGCAACAGAAGCCGGUCGCCGAAGUAGCCGCUUCCGGGCCGGGGUUGGCUUUCUUGGCUUAUCCGUCGGCGGUUCUGCAAUUGCCAGGUGCACCGCUCUGGUCAUGCCUAUUCUUUUUCAUGUUGUUGCUCAUCGGGCUCGAUUCCCAAUUCUGCACGAUGGAAGGCUUCGUCACUGCUAUGGUGGACGAGUGGCCUCAGCUGUUACGUCGCCGCAAAGAAGUGUUUAUCGCUAUCGUGUGCGCUCUAUCCUAUGUCAUCGGAUUAUCGUGCAUUUCUGAGGGUGGCAUGUACGUUUUCCAAAUUCUCGAUUCGUACGCCGUCUCUGGUUUCUGCUUGCUCUUCCUCAUCUUUUUCGAGUGCAUAUCAAUCAGCUGGGCGUUUGGCGUAAAUCGAUUCUACGAUGCCUUGCGCGAUAUGAUCGGAUAUUAUCCUCUUAUGUGGUGGAAGUUUUGCUGGACAGUGACUACGCCGAUGAUUUGCGUUGGCGUAUUUGUCUUCAAUUUGGUUCAAUGGACACCUAUAAAGUAUCUGGAUUAUGAGUAUCCGUGGUGGUCGCACGUAUUAGGCUGGUUUACGGCGUUAUCUUCCAUGCUCUGUAUACCUGGAUAUAUGGUCUACGCUUGGAUGACCACACCGGGCGAUAACAGAACGAAAUACAAAUUGCUAAUCCAGAUAGAAGACGAUGUCGCGACUCUGCGAACAAAGAUGGGUCAACCACCGGUUGAGCUAACACCCCUAUAAUUUACACUUUAAUCGGCAGCGCAAGCUCGCCUGGUUUGAUAAUACAGCCGUUUCCUAUCAUCCUGUAAAAUUGGUGAAUUACAAGGAAUUAAUAGGGAUUUAUUCUGUAAAGUGAUAAAUCUUCGAAAUCGUGGGAGUGACUUAAAAAAGUUUGUUUAAAUGAGAAUUCUAAGGAUUAUUUCUAUUAUUCGCUUAUGGAAGUAGGACUAUUACGUUGAGAACGUGAAAUGAGAUGGGAAAUAAUCCAAAUCGUGUGACUUGACAGAAUAGGUUCUUGCCAAUUUCUCUUAUAAUACACCCGCUUUUGUAGGAUAUCGUGAUAACGGUUACUAUAAAAGAAAACGCGCGGCCGCGACAGGUCGCCGAGGUCUGGCGUUCCUCGUCAUUCAAGAUACGAUUCGUCACGAAACGGAGAGCCAGCAAUUAAACAAACACGCCAGAAACGAACACACCCGACACUGCCCUCGGUCCCUCUUCCACCCACUCGAGAAAAAGCUUCGCUGGCUUUGUACAUAAAUUAUUUAUUUGUCAUCGUAACGAUUAUCAUGUAACUCCCGCAGGGUAAGUGACAGGUGACGGGGGUUCGCAAACGCUUGCGACAUUCUGGCUAAAUUGUCGGAUUUAUCUUGGAAUCAAACGAAAUCUAUGGAUCUGUAUCAUUGAAAAAAAGUUUUAAAUUUCCUUCAUUCAUUAAAAUUGUUAAGUUAUUAAUUUAUAUUCUAAAAUAUUUUUGCAUUUACCCUUCUUUUGGAUAGCUUCGGCGGUUCAAAUUCCCAUACACAGCACAGAUCUUGCAGAAUAUAUACUAUAGAAACAUUGCUGUUAAAAAUGUUACAAUUACAACAACAAUGUUGCCGAAAAAGUUUGUACAGUAUGGAUUGCGCGUGAUUUCCUUGUAGAAAAAUUGCCAGAUUGUCGUUAUGUUUAGGACACACAUGGGUGAGUGAGUGUUCAGUUAAUCGCUAAGUGAUAUCGGUGCAACCGGCUGUCAGCUCUCAGUAGCGAUACCCGGUGAUCAUAUCAUUCAUCAAACUUAUGUCAUGAGUCUUAUAGUCUUAUACGUGUGUUUGCACUUAUUGUUACGUCCGUACUUUCGCAUCAAUUUAACGCUGCGAUUGACGCACAAAGUGCGGCUGCGUCUCCCUUUUCGAAGAUUAUCAAUUUGAUCAAUUUGGAUAAUGAUUAUCAAUUUACGGCGAGCGUAAGACAUAACGCUAUCAUCAUGAAGAAUUAUUAUAAGUAAGACGAGUACGAUGAUGUUGGUAGUUGGUAGGCAAAUCAAGGAGCCGUACAGUCAAAUUUUUCUUUAUUUGCGAGUGAUUCGUAUUAAUAAUGUAACCGGGCGUUUCAGAUCGCCAUCCGGCCGUUUAUUACAGACAAUACGAAUGUCGGAAUCGUGCCCCGUGCGCAUAUUUAUGCUGCCAUAAAUUAUUAUAAAUAGACGUGUUUUACGCAUCGCAUCGCUCUUAUUUAAUAAAACGUGUUAGUGUUACCUAAUUUAUUUCGUGUACCUGUCAUUAGAUCUGCAGAGCGUCGGCAGAGCGAUAGCAACGAUAGCGAGAUAGUCGACUACGAGAUGACGAAGCGUUCAAUAUGGAUGUGGCAAUACCGCGAGAUUUUAGAGAUGACGAUCAAGUGGAACAAAAGAUGUAAUCCUGAUAUGUUAUUGCUGUUCAUAAUUAUAUAUCGUAUUUAUCUUGCUUGACAUUUGUCACAUGAAGUGUUGAGUGAAACUCUUUCGCACGCAUAUACUAUAAUAUAUAUAUCAUACUAAUUCUAUUCAUGAAAUUAUUAAAAAAAAAAAGAAUUACAUCUUUUAUUCCACUUUGCACAAGUAUAGUUAUACACAUAUAUAUAUAAAUCGCGAGAUUUUGCGAUUUUAUGCAUAUGCCCAAUUUCGCUCGUUGCAGCGUAAAUUCGACGCUUAGCGCGAUAAUUAGAUUUAUAAUAGGCAUCAGUAUGAUAUUGGAAUUAUUUAUUGUUA